AAUGCUAGACUCCGCCCACCCGGAGGCCAUUAGCCGUCAACUUCGCUGCAAACAACCACACGCACAAGACUGCCAGGAAGGACGACCAUGUCCCUCCAUCGGAGCACGAUAUCGAACCAAAUGGACGACAGGCUGGACUCCAAGGAGGGGAAGCCGAGCCAGGCGACAGAGGAGCGGCUGGACAGCGGUCUGGGUUCGCUCAAGGAGGAGGAGUACCAGGCGGUGGCCGCGGAGAUCCGGCGGCUCCAGCUGGAAUGCGAACCGCCGCUGCCGCCGCAGCAGCCUUCGAGCGGAGAGGUGCAGGAAUGGAAAACACAGAUAACGGAGGACGGAGACACACUGCUCCACCUGGCGAUUAUACACGAGGCCAAAGACUACAUCCAAACCAUGAUAGACAUGUCCAAAAACACACACUUCCUCAACACACAGAAUGACCAGAGACAGACUCCACUACAUUUAGCCGUGAUAACAAACCAGCCAGACGUGUGUCAGCACCUCCUGGUCAGCGGCUGCGACCCAACAUUGGUGGACGAAGGCGGAAACACACCACUUCACAUCGCCUGUCGCCAUGGAAACCUGCCGUGUUUCAGCGUCAUCACACAAAACUGCGCGACAGCACGCCUUGCCACGGUGAUGGCGGCCUGCAACUAUCAGGGUCAGAACUGCCUCCAUCUGGCCUCAGUUCAUGGUUUCCUCUCGCUGGUGGAGAAUUUGGUUGGUUUGGGAGCUGAUGUAAACGCUAAGGAGCAACGGAACUGCCGGAGCGCGCUCCAUCUGGCUGUGGACCAUCAGAACCUCCCGCUGGUUAAACUGCUGCUCAAGAAGGGGGCCGACCCAAAUCAACUUACGUCUGGAGGUCAUACUCCAUUUCAUCUCACCUACGGUCGCCAGGAUGACAACAUCAGAAGGGAAUUGUUUUCAGUCACUCACCCUGCUUUAAGAGAGCUGCCAGAUAGCGAGUCAGAGGACAGCGAGGAAGAGGAGGAUGAAGACCAUGAGGAGGAGCUUGGUUAUGAUGACAUUCAGUGGAAUGGACAUUAGCUGAAGAUGGGAUCUGAUGGUGAAGCAGAGAGCUGCAGCAGCGCAGAGAACCACAGUGGGCUGAACAGACGGAGGCAUCUGAAAGUGGCAAAUCGGUGAACUGGAGGCAAAGAAGAUGCCAUUACUUACAUGGGGCGGAGCUUGCUUGUUUUGCUCAUCACCGCCAUCAUCAUGAUCACCGUGGACACAGACGUGCCAGCAACUGCGCUGUUGUAUGAUAUUGUAAAUGCUGUGUAUAAAAAGAUGUAUUUUUUAUGGAAGAUGUGAACGUUGAGCAGGUUAAAUAUGGAAGACAACCCACAGUCCAGCUCGCUCAGUUAAAUUAAAACACUUGUAUUUAACAGACAAAAAUGUGCGUGUGCCUGAUUGAUUUGGAGUGGGUUUGUACACAAAACUAUUGUGUGUGUGUGUGGAUGUGUUGAGUUCUGUACAUGUCCAGACAGGCAUAGGUGUUUUCCACCCGCCAUGGUAGAUGGUGUCAGAAGUGGGAUGCAUUUCAAGGACAUGCAACAAAAACAUUUCUAUAAGGGACUAUGGCUGGUGUGAUACCCGUCGCACAACUCGGCAGAGACUUGCAGUUGCUGCAGAGAACCAGAAUGUAAUUGAAGGGGUCAGAAACAACCGUCCCAUUGGACAGUUGGGAGUUCAAUGUUGUGAUCUGUUUGGUGAAAAAUGUUGUGAUGUUUCACACCCUCCUCAAUCAAGUGUCACCAUACUGUGAUCUGUGGUUUCUUUGUCAAUAGCGUGUUCCUGCUAGGAGUUCACAGGAUGAACCGAGUCAUGCCUGAGUCAGAGCAAAAGGAAGAGUUCAGCGAAAAACUUACUCAUUAUUACUGACCCAUAAACUU